UUGAAUCAUGAAUUUUCCUAUUUCAAAUGAUCUUACUUCCCAGAAAUACUACACUGACAAAUAUGGAUCAAUCGAAAAAUUAAUCGAUAAGGCCAAGAAUGGCGAAAUCCACGCCCAAGCAGAUUUGGGAUGGGCUUACUCGCAGGGUUUUGGCGAUCUCUUGCCGCGAGAUAACGACAAAGCAAUCGGAUGGCUUAGCACUGCUAUAGAUAAGGGUUAUGAAUUUCCUAACGUCCUUGGAAAACUUGGGGAGUUAUUAGAUCGGAAAGGAACGAUACGACAUCAGCAGAAGGCUUAUGAGAUGUACCACAGGGCAGCGAAACUGGGGUGCAGAAGUUCACAGCUCAAUCUUGCAGAAAUGUAUAGAUGUGGAGUUGAAGGAGUCGUGAACGAAGACCUAAAAGAGGCUUUUAAAUGGUAUAAAAUGGCCGCUGGUGAAGGUGAGAGUGAUUAUGAACUGGGGCCAAUGGAUAAAUUAUUGUCUGGUACGGUGAAAAAACUCGACAACGCCUCAAAGCCAAGGGCUCUGAAAUUUUUGUACAAGUAUUAUCUUGAGGGUGAAUGUCCGGAAGGCCGUCCACAGCCAACUAAAGCAAUUUAUUAUUUGACAAGAGCAGCUGAAAUAGGUGAUACUGAGGCUCAAUGUACCUUGGGGCAGAUAUACUUAAACGGAAGUUGUGAGCAAAUCAAAGACGUUUCAAGAGCAAGAAGGUGGCUCAAGAAAGCUUCUGCAAAUGGUGAUGUUGUGGCAAAACAGGUGGGUCUAUAAAUAAUUGUAGAUCUUACAAGGGAAUGGGUCAGUUUUCAAAAAAAGUUUUCAACUGGAACUCACACUGUCUUGUAAAUUGCACUUGUAGAAGUUUUAUUAAAAUUGAGCCAAAUGAUUGUUACACUUAUUGGAAAAAAGAGUUGAUCUUUAUGAUUGAUAUGGAUACCAGUCGAAACAGAAUAGAAGUCUAUCACACUGAUUGUCAUUGCAAACAAUGUCAAUUUAUAUGAAAUGGCAAAGGUGCUAACCUCCGCAGAUACAGCUGCAAGUACUUGGGGAUGUUCUCUUUGGCACUACCCAGUUUAUUGCACCACCAACCAUCUCCAGCACACCUUAUCGCUAAGGCAAUUACCUACACCACUAUCAUGUCAAACACAAUAGGCCACUUGCACUAAGAGGUCACGUGACCAAUGCUUCCUUUAAACAUUGAGUUGGAAUCUUGCUGAUGCCAAAAAUUGUUAGAGCUCACAAAAAUUAUGUUACACCCGAAAUUUGAGAGGAAACGCAUUUAAGGGAGAUAUUUUGUGGCACUUUGAUUUUUCAGCAAAGUAGUAUGAUUUGUAUCGGCCGCCAUGUUGGAGGGCAUGCUCUUGCCGUCCAACAUGGCGGCCAAAACUACUUCUUGCUUAUAUCUUGCUCAACCUUUCAUAGUUACGUUCAAAUGUGCUGUAAACGUUAUCACAUCAUCUUUUCAACAUUUUCCUUGAAGUUUAAGUGCAAAAUUUGUGUUGAGAGAGAGGUAAUUUAUAAUUUUAAAAAUCACAUUUUGGUCACGUGACCAUUUACGAACUUAUUUAUUUUAAGAAAAUGGUGCGGGUUUGAAAAACCAAAUCACCAUUAUUUUGUUUAAGAUAUGACCCACUAAUCGUUUUUCGAAGGCAAAAUCAUAUAACUUUCAUUUUCAUAAAAACGGUGUCACAUGCCUCUAAGUGCAAAUGGCCUAUUGACUACUUGACUUGACUUAAUUGGCCACAACUCCCAAAUGGUUUGUUUUUCCAGUUUACUGAACAUUGAUUUGCUGGACUUUUGUGUCUGUGGCUGUAAUGACAAAAGACAAGAUGAAUAAAAUUAUGCUAAAAGAAGCUAUUUCAGGAAUUUUAAUUUUUCAGUGGAUGGUUUCUACCUUACCCUGGUCCCAGAGGUUUUUUUUGCUUUUCCAUGAUAGGGAACAAGCAGCAACUCAUUUUUACUGCUUUGUGGCUUGUUCUCUCUCAAGGGCAGAAAAAUCAUGAUAAACCUCCGAGACUAAGCUUGACCUCUGCCACUCUCUCUCCCUCUACUGAAAGAAUAGUCUUUUCGGGGGAGGAGUGCAGGCCCAUUUUCCCAAACAACAGCUGGUAGUCAAACCUACUCAUACAGCUGUAGACCAGGGUAGGAUUUUUGGAGAGCGGCUUAUGGUAAUUCUCUUGUUUUGCACUGCACAUCACCUAGUGUGCAUAACACUGUGACUUCAAUGGUGGCGGCAAACUUCACUGGUUGCCUAAAAAGAGGUUAUAGUGAUUUUGAUAAUUCUGCCCAGCUAAAAAGGUGUUUUUCUUGAAAUUCGUCCCAGUCCACUUGUGCAAAAUGAUCAUUUGAAGCCCAAGUUUUCCCUUUGUUGUCAUUUGCGAUGAAAUGAAAACGGUGACCCCCCUUUUUAUGUGUGUUUUUUACUUGUUAUGGCAACACAAAAAAAUUAUAUAUAUUAAGAAGAAAAAAAAUCUGGAUAGUAGAAGUUAUAUUUUUUAGGUAUAAAUGACAUGAAUUUCGACAUUUACAGCAACAGAGAGGUACAAGAAGAUCUUAAAACUGUCCCUUUUCUCUACAUUUUUUCAAAAUCAGGUAAUUUGAGGUCACUUUACUGAAAGAGCACAGCCCAAACAAACAAAAGGGCUUAAGGUUUUAGUAAGAUUCAUAGUUCUUGUUAUAAAAUUUUUGACGGUUGUUUAAGUUGUUUCCCAUGCAGCAAGGAAAAAACACUCAGAAUUAUGGGAAUGCAUGGCACAAACAAGCACAGUGACCCCAUAUUUUUAUUGCAGUUUUUGAAUGUGCUACAUAUGUCUGACAUUUGUGCCGAGUUGGAAAUAAAUCUGGAUAGUGCAUCAUUUUCAAGGGAAUGACCUUAAAUGUAAGCCCAUUCUCCUUAGUAACUUUAAAGUUGAUUAUAUCACUCACAACGUGGACACUGCGAGAACUGUUAUGCAUCAAGGAUUAUAAUUUUCAAUCGACGACAAAAUUAGUUAAGACAUUGACUUACAAGGGGAAAAUAAAGCUUCUCCUCCCCCAUCCCCUCCAUGCAAUUUUGUGCCACUUAUCGAGCUACCUGUAGAAAACAACAGACACCCCAACUUUGAAUGGAGGGAAGAGAGGAGGGGGUGUGGAUUCUUUUGCUCUCUAAAGUUACUCUUUUUGAGUACAAUGACUCAACAAUUUUGACACUGAUUGAUUGGUAGCAACAACACUAACAAGGCAAAAACUGUAACUGCUAUGGAUUUCAUAACUCCAAGGGCUCCCUGACACAAUGGCACAAGGUACAAGGGCUGUUGAUCCAAACAUCUCCCUUUUACCAUUUCAUUAUUGAUUCAACAAGCAGCAUGGCAUCAUUGGAAUUUCACUUUGUGUAGGCACCAAUGCUGGAGGACUGUGUUCAAGCCUUACUUGUGCACUGUUUCCUUAGACAAGAAACUUUGCCCCACUAUCUCCUUCUUUAUCUGGCACUAGAAUAAAAUAACCAUGACAUACUGCUGGGCUACCCCGCAAUGGAGUUCUAUACCAUCUAGGGAAGAAUAGGUAAUACUUCUGGGUGCUAUAUGCCACAGAAUCUGGCAUGCCUCCCAUGUAGGCCUCUUUGGCUCGUGUUUGCCUCUAUUACCUUAAGGGGGCCUAUCACAGGCCUACCAAAUAGUGAAAAUUAAUUUUCAAAUUGGCAACUUGAAUUCUAAAUCACACCUUAUCAGUGCUACCCGGUCAUCCAGAACAAGAAUAUUUUCCUGCAAAACAGAUCACUUUUCAAUAGCCAAGGGCCAAAACAAACCACCUUUGGGUUUAUUUAACUCUAAGGAAGACAAUGGUGAAAUGGCCAUAGGCAAGCAAAAUUUCAGAGCUGCUUUACCAAUGACAAUCUUGAAUUUAAGUCUUGUUUAUCUUUAAAGCUGUGCUCAAUACUGGUUCUCAUAUGCUACUAACAACCUACGUGGAACAUAGAUUCCUGCUCUGUGAUCUGGGACACUGUUUUGAAAUAUUAUGGCAACCUUAUGCCUCCAACAACAGGAACCAUCCCAGGUCUUUACUGCCCACAUGCCUGUAUAGUUCACUAAAGUUCCACGUCCCAGGCAUGUUGGUGUUUUUUUCCAGCACAUUUAUUAUCUGGAAAUAAUUAUUUAACUAUGAACACUAGAAAUGUUUAUGGAAUGCUAUUGUGUUGCCAGAAAGAAGCCAAGCAUGUGGUGUUUUGAGGUUUGCUUCUGUGUCCUGAACUUUAUUGUAGUUGGUCACAACACAAUCAGCAUUCCUGGAAUAUUUUUGGUGUUCACACUUUUCAUUAAGUCAUUAUAUUCAUGCAUGUUUUAAAUUUUUGAAGAGGAACACGUAGCAGGUUACCCUGGGUUCCAGAGGUUAUUUUUUUCUUAUCUACUUAUCUAAUUCCUGAUAGUUCUCGGCGAAGCCUCAACAGCGUCUUGGGAGCUUUAUCAAACCGUGAGCACGGUUUAUUUUAUCUUAGGUAUUACUUGCCUAGUCCCUAGGCCUCAUUAUUCCGCGCGGCCAAGGCGUUUCGGGUCACGUGGUCCAAGCGAAAAUGGGAGGCCGUUUCCCGCCCGUUCGCCUCGGAUACGUCACCGAAAUGAAUUGAUCGGUAGGGUUUGGGAAAACGUCGUACAGAGACUAGGCAAAGGUAUUUCGAGAACGGACCUCUGGAACCAGGGUAGUAGCAGGUACGUCUUUACCAUGUAUUUUCUGAUAAAUGUCAAUGACACUGGCAAGUGUAGUGCACUUCGUUGGAAGCUGGCUGGUAGCAUAUGAUGGCAUACCAGGCUUUACUUGUAGACAUUGUGAAUGUUUGUACAUAAAUCUGUAUCGGUGAUGGAGAUCCAAACUUCCUUGCUAGUUUCAGAAGAGUGGCAUAUGUUUAAUGAGGACAAUGUACUGCUAGACACCGAAUUGGAUUUCCAGGGUUAUAUUUUUGUAAUGCAUACUAUCUGGAAUAGAGCGUUUUCACUCACUUGGCUAGCAUCUAUGCAAAUUUAUCGGAACAAAAGAAAGCGUUUACAUAUAAAGAGUUCAACUCCCGCAGGAUUGGUUAGGAACACCAACGUGACCGCCGUUUCGUUGUUGUGAACACCAUUAUGGCCGCCGUGACGUCAUAUGAAAACGCUCUAUAGCAUAAUUUUGUGUAAAAACAUAUUAUAGCUGUCUAACUCUUACAAUAACGCUGUGAAAUCUGCCAGUUGGUUACACAGAAAUUGAAGAAUGAAUAAUUAUAACAAAUUUAUGAUUCUCUUACCUCAUGUCGGAUAUACACUUGACCCCAAAAGGUACUUUCCCCAAACGUUUAUCUCACUGUCUUAGUUGUGACAGUUGCAUUUAUGGCUCCACUCCUGCUUAUUUGGUAGAUGUAAGCGAGCCUUUAUAUGUUUGUUUUUUAUUUUUAUUUUUUCAGCUUCUUAAUAAAUGCGAAGAAGCGGAAGAUAAGCAGCAUACUGCAUCAAAACCUAAAAAAGAGGCCUUGGCUCAGUCAUUUGAAAUCAUGCGCGAGAAACUAAAGCAAAGAUCAGAGGCACAGCAACACCCAUUUGUGAUCACCGAGCCUACUGCAUUUUCAGAGGAAAUGCUCAGUGCGUUUCAGUGGUCCCCAACGGCACGGAUUUAUCUUCAGGCUCUCAGACUGGUAAACCAGGGGCUUGAAAUUCUGAUCAAGAGUAACUUUGCUGACGAAAGAGGGAUUUCUCUUUUAGCUCGUGGGUAUUUGACUGAAAAUUCUAUACUUCAAGCUUUUCCUCUUAUAAUGCCUUUUUUGCCUAAACUUUAUCAACUUUGUGAGAAAAGUAUGGAAAAUAAACCAAGUUUCUUUGAAGGCCUCGUCGUAGCUUUUGCUUUCCACUUUUACGAGUUGAAACAGACACAAGAGACGAGGAAAACUGAUCUUAAAAAGGUGAUGUGUAUGAGAAAUUUGAUUCGUUUCAUUGAAAAAGCCGAACCCAACAACGUUCCAAUUGAAGACUGUUUUAGGUUUGACCAAAGCUACCGCAGUUGGCUUCACGUUUUGUAUGAGUUCUUGGGAUGCCUCUAUGUCGUUGCAGAAAACUAUGAAGCAGCGGCUGAAGCUUUUGAAAGUUCCCUGAAGUGCUGUCCAACCUACUUUCCAAGCAAAAGAGGCCUUGGGCUUUGUUUGGUAUGUCUGUAUUCCUCCAGAGUUUGCGCUAAAAGAGAGGACUCCGCACCCCCGGAAUUGCGCAAGUACUUUCCGAGUGUCGAACGAGUCGUAGAGGAGAGACAAGUUUCUAAAUACAGAUCCUGGACCACUGAAAAGCUAGGAGACACUGCUAGAAAAAUAUUGGAAGAAUUUUGGGCGGAAGCACCUUCGUGUUGGAAAACGUACCCAAAUGUUUGCUACUACCUUGCCCAGCUUGCUUUUGUGAACUUUGACAUGAAGGAGUUAAAAAGGUAUUAUGAACUUGGCCAAGAUGCUGAGGAAAAAAGGUUGCCUUUCUUAGACGCUGUUGAUGUGCCUUGGAAGGAUAUGCUGUCCUCAUUCUAUCAGCUACUUGCUCAUUUACCAGAACCCCCCAGAUGUGGCAAUAAAGCUUGCACUAAAAAUAUCAAGGAAACUGAUCUAAAGUCCUGUGGUGGCUGUAGGACGAAAAAAUACUGCAGCAAGUGA